AGAACUGCCUUCAUGGCAGUUUGGUUAGCAGACAUGUGGUACAGCAGAGAGCAGCGCUUGACAGAGAAAUCAGGAGCUAUGAAGCGGCUGGCAGAAAAUAUUAAGGUGCUUUACAUUGCCAGUGACUGUAUGGAGCCUUAUGUUGAGAUCAUCACAGUGAAAGAGUCCAAACGCUGCCAGAGUCUGUGCAGCUCAGACGCCUCUGAGGCAGAAGAGCCCGAGUACCAGCUGGAAGUCGAUGAUGAUCUCCCUGUCCUCACUGACCAGAGUCAUCUGCUAGAUGACUAUCACCUAGAAAAACUUGCUGCUCACAUGCCAGCAAGGACCUAUGGUUAUCAAUGGCAGCUGGUCUACAGCACAGCCAUCCAUGGGAGCAGCCUGAAGACUCUGUACAGGAACAUGGCUGAGGUGGACAGCCCUGUGCUGCUGGUGGUCAAAGACAUGCACAAAAAGGUGUUUGGGGCUUUUUCUUCAGAUCCAUUCAGAGUCAGUAAAUACUGCUACGGUACCGGAGAAACCUUCUUGUUCAGCUUCAAUCCCGACUUCCAGGUAUACAAGUGGAGUGGGGUGAACUCAUACUUUGUGAGUGGAAACUGGGAUUCACUGCAUCUCGGUGGAGGCGGGAGUGGCUUUGCCCUGUGGCUGGAUGCUGAUCUGUACCACGGUUCAAGCUUUUCCAGUCCGACUUUUCACAAUGCACCUCUCUCCACAAAUGAGGACUUUAUUGUACAAGACCUGGAGGUCUGGACUGUGCAGAAUUGACUAUGAACAUCUAAAAAGCCGAGCUAAAAACAAAGCAGGACCUGUUGUUCUGUGUGGAUCUCUCAGACUUCAAGGCGUGUGUGCCAUUUAGUCACUACUGUACGUAUCCUGAUGGAGCAUCUGCUGUCGUCUGUGCACGUGGUUCAGAGUUCCUCUUGUACAGUAUGAAGCCUGCUGACAGGGUAGCCACUGUAAUGGGAUUUAAGAAAGAGUCUAUUUUUAUGUUAUUUUUGUAUCAAUGCAUAUUUAUAAAAAGACACUUUUAAAAGGACUUUUUAAAGUUUACAUCUGUGUUUAAGUGUCAGUGUGUUUUCAAAUUAUAUUAACUACUUAACAGUAAAAUCACUGUAACACUGGUAGGACCAAAAACAGUUGAUCUGAACUGGUUUUAACAUUUUCCAUGUAAGUGAGGACCAAAAUAGGAGCGCUGAAAACAAUAUAAGGACAACAUUGCACUACAAAAGCUGAUUGUUUGUUAGAUAUGCUGCUUGAGGAAGAAGGGACCUUAACUGAAAAAUAUAAGUUCUGCUUUAUGUAAGUGAAACGCCAGCCUGCCUGUUUGGAGAGAAAAACACUUUGAAUAAAAUGUCACAUCCAUUGCCUAGUUGUUUGUUAUUUGUUUAUUUAAAUACACUUUCAGGAAAUGGUAAAAGUUUGUAUAUGACUGCCAGGCAGUGCAGGUGCUGCCACUUUUUUCUUGUGAAAAAGUUUCCUGUUGGUACUGUCGCUGUCAUUUCUUAUUAUAAGAACCUUUACCAAGUCACUGAGGUAGUCAGCAGUUAUUACGAAUAACAUCAAAAUACCAUGUUACUGAUAGUCUGAUACUGCCUCUGUUCCUUUGUUAAUUGUUCUUUCUUUCGAAGAACUACAUUAAAGUUUUUUCUUCCCUCUU